GCAUAGAAGGGGGCUAUAACUGGUCAUGCAAGGAAAGAGUCAUUUUAUACUAGAGUCCAGAGCAGCUGCUGCUAAGAUCGAGUUGUUUCUGUUCACAGUAUCACUGAAUAAUCAGCAGAUAUGGCUGACAAACCAGAUAUGGCUGAAAUUGAGAAAUUUGACAAGUCUAAGUUGAAGAAGACAGAAACGCAAGAGAAAAAUCCACUGCCUUCAAAAGAAACAAUUGAACAGGAGAAGCAAGCAGGAGAAUCGUAAUGAAAUGGGCCCUUCCAAAUUAUGCACUGUACAUUCCACAAGCAUUGCCUUCUUAUUUUACUUCUUUUAGCUGUUUUAACUUUUUAAGAUGCAAAGAGGUUGGAUAAAGUUUAAAUGACUGUACUGCCCCUUUCACAUAAAAAAAAAAUAGAGAGAACUACUGACGCUGAAUGAAGGCGCUGUCCUUUCCAUCUGCCUGUCCAGCUUUGAUUGGUCUUGGUGGAAUGAAAGAGCUUGCAUGUUUCUUGAAAGAAGAUCCUGCGAAAGGGACUACGGUAAUUUAGUAACACACGAAUUUACGCAAAGCUGUACCAAGGUCCUGCAAGCUGUAAAAUGCAGUUAAUCGAGUGCCAUUUUUUUUGUUCAAAUAAUUUUAAUUAUUGGAAUGCACAAUUUUUUUAAUAUGCAAAUAAAAUGUUUUAAAACCUGG